AUGAGUGAAGAAGCUACUUUUGUACAUCCUGGAUCAAUUCCAAACCUUAUCACAAAUAACAGCAAAAAUGCAGAAAAACAACCAAUUAAAAUCCCUUCACAAUUUAUCCCUCCAUCUCAGAGAGCGGAUGCUCCACUUGCUGCAAUAAUACCGCCAGAAUUGGAUGAUAUUGAUCCCAGUUCAUUAUUCCCCGAUUUCGAUCAAAACGGGAUUUUGCGUUUCUCACGGCUUUUUGCAAAUGCCAAAGCCUCACUUAAAGAACAAAUUUGGUGGACUUCUAGAACAUUUAAGAAGAAAGGAGAAAAAACGAAAUUAUCGGCUGAACAAGAAGAAAUGGCAGCUAUUGCUAAUUUGAAGUUGACCAGCGAAAUUAAAAAUGAAAAAUCAACAGAAAUCAAGGAAGUCAAAGAGGGGAAUGUUGAAGAGAAAAAAGAUGAAGAAGAAGAAGUUGUUGAAGAAGAAUUGGAUAAGAAAUCUGGUUGGGACUUUAAAUUAGGCGGGCUACCUAAAAAGAAGGAUUGCCUAAUUGAUGAAUAUGAAUUACUUUGUGCAGAAAAUUUGGAAGAAUUAUUAACCAAAAAUAAACAAUCACAACAAAUAAACGAGGAAGAUGAAGAAUCUGCCCCGCCUUGGAGAUUUGGACCUGCUCAAAUUUGGUAUGACAGGCUGGGUGUUCCAUCAAAUCCAGCAAAUUUUGAUUACGGAAUGAAGAAAGGAAAGGUGUUUACUCCAAUUAGUGAGCCGAAAUCUCCAGUUAUAGAUGACAAAACUUUUCUUCCUGUUAAUUUAAUUCAUUGGGAAGACGAUAUAAUUAUUGAUGGAGAACAGGCAAAAGAAAAGUUAAUAAAAGAACUGUCUUCUGCACGACUGCCUAGAUGUGGUUGGAUUCCUACUUCACAUACAAGGACUUAUAAGGCUUUUAUGACUGCAUGGAAAAACAAAUCUUUCAUUGAAUACUUGGAAAACCCUGCAAAAGUAACUUCCCAAUCACAAUCUGGAACUUCUUCAGAUUUAAAAUCGGAUGCUCGACUACUUAUUGACUCGCAACAUUCAAUUUUUCCUUUUGAAAAUUAUGAACUGUGCAAUUCAAAUUGGGAAGAUGAUAUUAUUUGGGAUAGUUCUAAUAUGCCUAGCAUACCUAAACCAAAAGUGCUCUCCCUCGACUACGAGGAUGACCCAAAAAUGUUUGGAAUGCCAGAAGAUGCUGUACAAGAUGAGGGAAGUGAUGGAUUGGGUUCUAAAUCUUAUUCAAAGGUUGAGGGAGGUGGAAUAAAAAAAUCCAAAUUAAUUUUGGCUCAAGUAUUUAAACGGCAACGUCAAGAAGAGGAAGAACAAAUAGAAACACAAAUAGCCCAAAUUGCCGAUAAAGACCCUUUUAAUUUAUCAAAUGAUGAUUAUUAUAUGCCAAAAAAUACAGCAGAAAAAACUUCACGUUCAUUAGCAACAAAUAGUGGAAUUCAACAUUCUUUGCCAGCACAACAAAUUCAUCCAAUUUUUUUCCCAUUUUUAACAAGCAAUACACGGAAUUUUCAUAGGCCUAAAUUGCCUGGAAGAUUUUUACAAAGUCUGGUUAGUAGUAGAAGUGGAGGAGGUGCUCCAAUACUCUCUUUGACAAGACAUAUUAGAAUGACUAACCAGAGAAGAGAGCGUCAUUUAUCUGGUGAAGGUGGAGGAUUUGAUAUUUUCUUAAUGCGUGAAGUACACGAUUUGAGUGGUAGAGAUGGAACUUUGUUGUUAAUGGAAUAUUCAGAACAAUUCCCUCCAUUACUUAGUCAACCUGGAAUGGCUUCAAAAAUUCGAAAUUAUUAUAAAAGGAAACCAACAAAAGAACAAGAAACAACAGAAUAUGAAUUUGGAGAAACAUCAUUUUCCCAUACAUUCCCAUUUUUGGGUAAAUUAACAACAUCAACAACAACAACAGAUCCCUCAUUACAAGUAUUGGAAAACAACAUGUAUCGUUCAGCAAUAUUUAAACACAAAAUACCUUUAACUGACUUUUUACUUGUCCGAACACGUUUUGGAUUCUUUUUGAGACAUUUUCCAAAUUUAUUUGUUGUUGGACAAGAAAUGCCUUUAAUUGAAGUUCCAAGUCCAAAUUCAAAAAGAGCAAAAGAUUUUGGAAAAGAUUUUAUGAUGUCUUGUAUUUAUCGGUUAUUUUGGGAGAAUGACAAAAAACCUAGACGUGUUAGAAUGGAUGAAUUGAGAAGAAUAUUUCCAAAUCAAGAUGCUAUUAUAAGAAAAAAUUUGAAACCAAUUGCUGAAUUUAAAAGAGUUGGGGUUGGAUUGGAAUUUUGGGUAUUGAAAGAUGACUUUCGCCUUCCUAGCCGUGAGGAAGUUGCAAGCAUGAUAACACCAGAAAUGUAUUGUGCCCAAGCUUCAAUGAUGGCUGCUGAACAAAGAUUAAGGGAUGCUGGGUAUGGAGAAAAAUAUUUACAUGUAGCUGAGAAUGCUGAUGAUUCUGAUGAUCAACAAAAUAUUGGGGAAGAAGAGAUCAAAUGUGCCCCGUGGAAUACAACAAGAGCUUAUAUAGCCGUUAUGAAGGGAAAAAGUUUUUUGGACCAAACAGGAAUUGCAGACCCUACAGGUUGCGGAUUAGGCUUUUCUUUCCUGCGAGUUAGUGCAAAACCUCAAAAAGUAGCAAAAGAAGAAGUAGACAAAGAAGCGCCAAAAAAGCUUGUAACUGGAACAAAUGCGGAUUUAAGAAAGCUCCCAUUAAAAGAAGCUAGGCAAAUGUGUAGAGAAUUUGGACUUUUGGAAGAGGAAAUUAGUCAACUUGAGAGAUGGGAUGUAAUUGAUGUAAUCCGUACUUUGUCGACACAAGCAGCUCAAGGACAGAAAGAUUCACAAGUGUCCAGAUUUGCUAGAGGAAAUGCUCGUUUAACCUUUGCUGAUAUGCAAAAUAAACAUAAAGAACAUUGUCAACGCAUUUUUGAGAAGCAGAACAAAUGGUUGGCAAAUACUGAACCAGAUAUUUGUGAUUUGGAUUGGGAAUCGAGUGGAGAUGAACUUUAUGGAACACAACUUGGUAAACGUUUUGUUGGUGCAUAUUCAACAACUCAAACAUUAAAUGAUGCUGAACAACGAAAAUUAGAAUUUGAGCUUGAAGAACGUGAACGGUUAAAUUUACAAAAAAUGAUUCGAGGUGAAGUAACAAAAAGUGGGGCUUCUGUUUCUGAUGCAGCAAAAGAAGCUGUAGCAGAUAAACAACAAAAUAAACAGGAAAAAAACUCAGAGGAUUUACAGGAUGUUUUUACUGUUCCAAAUCCUCUAAGUCCUGGAGGAGGGACAACAUCACUUUUGUCAUCUGGUGCUCAAAGAAAAUUAAAAAUUUAUAGAACAAUUAAGAAUACGGAUGGAACUGAAUCGACACGUGUUGAAACUGUAAUACAUCCACAAUUAAUUGAAGCUUAUGUUCGAAUUCGUUCAACAAGGGAUGAAAGUUUUAUUAAAGUAUAUGCACAAAUGGAUGAAAAAUAUAAGGAGGAAAAAAGAAAAGAGAGAAGACGUCAACAAGAAAAUGCUAGAAAAUCGAAAAAAGGAGAUUUACAGCAACAAAUACAACAACAAAUCCAAAAAUCUUUAAUUUCUGAAAAAGAGAAAGACAUAACAGAAAGAAUGAAAAUGAUGACAGCAGAAAUUGGAGGAGGAGGCCCUUCUUCUUUAAUAUUAGAACAACAACAACAAUUAAUUUCUACAUCACCAAAUAAAAUUAAAAAAAUUGUUGAGAAAAAAGAAAAACCACCACCGCCACCAAAACCUCCAAAAGAAUUAAAAAUUACUUGUAGUGCUUGUGGAGGUAUUGGACAUAUGAAAACUAAUAGAAAUUGUCCUUUAUAUGGAAAAGAGGAAGAAUUGGCUUCAAAAACUGUUGGGGAAAUUUGUCAGCCUCCAGUUUCUCGUAUAAGCGAUAUUCUAGAUGAGGAAGGUUGUAGUCUUCCAUCUGGGGAAUUAAUUGAAGUUGAUGGAACGCGAUUAAAAAUAUCCAAAAAAUUGUAUAAACAUGCAGAAAAGGAAAGAAAAAAUGCUUUGAGACUUCACAUUCCUCGUAAAAUAUUGGAAAGUGGAGGAGGGGGAAUUGUUUCUAAAAAAUCUGGAAAGAAAGCUGCAAGACUUUCAUCUUCAUCAUCACUUACUAGAGCUAUCCCUCCAGGAAUUUCCAAACAAGAAUUAUUGGCUUCGAUUCCAUCAACUUCGAAUUUUGUUCCUUUAAAUGAAGAUAUUCAAUUAGUUUCUUCUUCUCGUAAACCUCAUCCACUUACAAUCAACGUCCCUACAAUUCCUCCAAAUUCUUCUGCAGUAACUUCAAUUGGCCCUCUUUCUGCAAUUUCUUCAGCUUCUUCAACUGGUGGGGGAGGCCCCUUUUCAACAGGAAAAAGAAGAGGAACAUUAGAUGAUGCCGAUUAUUUGGUUGGGCCACAAAAAUCUGUUCAAAGAAGAAGGGCUGAUCCGCGUGUUUCUAUGGCUAGUUUAUUAAUGGAAAUAUUGAAUGAAUUGAAAGGAUUUGAAGGGUCUGAACAUUUUGCUAUCCCUGUAAAUAUUAAAAAGGUCCCAGAUUAUUUAUCAAUAAUUUCAAAACCUAUGGAUUUGCAACAAAUUCGAAAAAAUGUGGCUAAUAAUAAAUAUGAGCUUAGGCAACAAUUUUUGAGCGAUUUAACACAAAUUAUAAUCAAUUCAAGUACUUAUAAUGGCCCAACUCAUCCAAUUACUGAAGCGGCUAGAAAGAUGGUUCAAUACGCAACCAAAAAAUUAGAAGAAAAUGAUUCACGACUUAUCGAAUUAGAAAAACAAAUAAAUCCAUUACUUGAUGAUGAUGAUAUUGUUGGAUUUUCUUAUAUUUUACUUCAAAUAGUUCAAGAAUGUAAAAAUUUGCCAAAAUCUGUUGCUUUUCAUUCUCGUGUAGAUUCUAAAAAGUUUCCAUUUUAUAAUGAUAAAAUUCAACGUCCAAUGGAUUUGGGAAAAAUUGAACAAAAUGCAAAAGAGCAUCGUUACACAACUAUUGAAGGUUUUAGAAAAGAUUUUGAACAGAUUGUAGAAAAUAGCCGCCUUUUUAACGGUCCACAAUCUGUUUUUACCCUUAAAGCUGAAGAAAUAUUGGCUACGUGUAAUCAACUUUUGGAAAAAUCUGGAGAACCUUUGGCUGAAUUAGAAUUUAAUAUACAAAAAGUUUUGAAAUUUAGAGUCCUUCCAAUAUUAACUGAAGAAGAUAGUAAUUCAUCACAAAAUUGGCAAACAAUAAAUAAAACAAAAGAAGAUGUUCCUCAAUUAAAUAGAAUAGAAGAAGAAGAAAUUUCCAACCAAAUAUCCCAACCAAAAUUUUAUGUUGGUGAUGAUGAAGAGGAGGGAGAGAGGGAAGAAGUAAUAAAAGAAGAAAUUAAUAAAAAUGAAGAUGAAAUUGUAAAUUUGGAUUUGAGUGAUUCUGAGGAUGAUGAAGAAAUUUCAGAAAAGAAAAUUCGGUUAGAAUAA